AUAUUCCGGCAUUUCAACCCCACCCACUCCCGCAAGUCAACUCUCCCCACCCUCUCUCUCUCCUCCGCGCUUAAUGCUCUCCGCAUUAUAACCACCCACCUCUUCUCCCUCGCCCCACCUCCUCUCUCUCUCUCUCCCCGCUUCAUCCGCCAUGGGCAACUCGCUCGCCUGCUUCUGCUGCGGCGGCGGCGCCGGCGGCCGGGGUGUCCGCCACGUCGCCCCCGCCGCGCUCCCCUCCGACCCGGCCUACGACGAGGGGCUUGGCCACUCCUUCUGCUACGUCCGUCCCGAUAAGUUUAUUGUUCCCUUCUCUGCCGAUGAUUUGGUGGCCGAUGCGAAGGCGGCUGCGGCGGCCGAGGGGGAGGCCACCACGUUCCGGGCUAUUUCCGGGGCGGCGCUCAGCGCCAACGUGUCCACGCCGCUGUCUACGUCCGUGCUGCUGCUGAUGCCGGAGGAGUCGUCGGCGCCCGCCACCGCGUCGUCGGGGUUUGAGAGCUCGGAGUUGUUUGCGGCUGUGCCAUUGCAGCCGGUGCCGAGAUUCCCGUCCGGGCCGAUCUCCGCGCCCUUCUCCGGCGGCUUCAUGUCUGGUCCCUUGGAGAGGGGGUUCCAAUCUGGACCCCUCGACGCCGCGCUCCUCUCGGGGCCGCUUCCUGGCGCCGCCACCUCGGGGCGUAUGGGUGGCGCCGUCCCUGCGCUCCGCCGGAGCCUCUCCCACGGUGGCCGCCGCCUCCGCAAUUUCACCCGCGCGCUCCUCGCGCGCGCAGAGAAGUUUCAGGAUUCUACGGAUCUCGGCUCGCCUGACGCCGCCGCCGCUGUCGCCGCCUGUGGUGACGAUCCCUGUGGUCUGCAGUGGGCGCAGGGGAAAGCCGGCGAGGACCGUGUCCACGUCGUGGUGUCGGAGGAGCGAGGCUGGGUGUUCGUCGGCAUCUACGAUGGGUUCAAUGGCCCCGACGCCACCGACUUCCUGGUAUCCCACCUCUACGCCGCCGUCCACCGCGAGCUCCGCGGCCUUCUCUGGGAUCAGCGCGAGCAGAACGAGCAGCAGGACCAGCGCCCCGACCAACCCGGCUCAGCCCCUAGCACCACGGCCUCAGACAAUCAAGACCAGUGGGGUCGCCGCUGCCGUACCCGCCGCUCAAGACCGCCGCGUGGCGCCGCCGACGACCAGCGGCGGUGGAAGUGCGAGUGGGAACAGGAGCGCGACUGCUCCAGCCUGAAGCCACCAACGCAGCAGCGUCUCCGUAGCAACAGCGAGAACGACCACAUCGCCGUGCUCAAGGCGCUGACCCGCGCUUUGCACAGGACGGAGGCGGCAUACCUGGACAUCGCGGACAAGAUGGUCGGUGAGUUCCCUGAGCUUGCGCUCAUGGGCUCUUGCGUUCUUGCCAUGCUCAUGAAAGGAGAGGACAUAUACAUCAUGAAUGUUGGCGAUAGCCGGGCUGUCUUGGCAACAAUGGAUAGCGUCGAUCUCGAGCAGAUCAGCCAGGGGUCAUUCGACGGAUCGGUUGGGGAUUGCCCUCCAUGCUUGUCGGCCGUGCAGCUUACAUCGGAUCACAGCACUUCAGUGGAAGAGGAAAUACGCAGAAUACGAAACGAGCAUCCUGAUGAUCCAUCUGCCAUAUCCAAAGAUCGCGUGAAGGGCUCGUUGAAGGUGACUAGAGCAUUCGGCGCUGGUUUCUUGAAACAGCCCAAAUGGAACAAUGCAUUACUGGAGAUGUUCAGAAUUGAUUAUGUCGGGUCCUCCCCAUACAUAUCAUGCAACCCAUCCCUUUUUCACCAUAAGCUCAGUACAAGGGAUAGGUUCUUGAUAUUAUCCUCGGAUGGACUUUACCAGUAUUUCACCAACGAGGAGGCAGUUGCUCAGGUAGAAAUGUUCAUUGCAACAACCCCUGAAGGCGACCCUGCUCAACAUCUUGUCGAGGAAGUUCUUUUCCGCGCUGCCAACAAAGCAGGAAUGGACUUUCAUGAACUGAUCGAGAUACCACACGGUGAUCGUCGGCGGUACCAUGAUGAUGUAUCCGUCAUUGUCAUCUCUUUGGAAGGCAGGAUUUGGAGAUCCUGUGUGUAAAUAGACACAAAAGUAGACUAGAGAAACAAAACGUAUAGAGGGGGUUCUUCCCUAUGCCUUUGUGUUGAGAGGGGUUCUUGCAGCUACUCUACUCCACUCUUCCCUGUACAAUAUCAACCAAGCACUGGGGGGGAUCGGAUUCAGCUUGGGCUCUCGGCUCAUCCAGCUGAAUGACCAUGAAUCACCCAGAGCACGCCGCGUGGUAUAAUAUGCUGAUGUAAAUGAGGAUUUGUUCAAUUAUUAAUAACUUAAAAUUCGACCAAUUGGUCAACUUUCUUUGACA